UGCUACAGGGAAACGAAAGUUGAUAACAUAAGGACUCUGAUUAUAUGUGCUCCCAUGGCAACAUGAUUAGCAGACGAGAGCGUGGACAGCUGUGCUGUGGUGAAAUUCAAAAGUUUAUCUGCGGUGGAAUAAAUUCUUCAUGCAGCAUCUAUGGUCUUCCCUGUUGAACAACCUAAGAUUGUCGACUCAAAAUUGAAGUAGCAUCAGAAUCGAUCGAUCAAUAUGGUCGCUAAUUCUUGAAACCCUCCAAAUACCAUUGGAGAAUAAUGAAGCUAUACUCAUGGGGAGCCAAUUCGCAUGGCCAGCUGGGCCAAAACGUAGUGUCUGAGGCAUGCUGCACACCCACUGAAAUUAGUAUUUCAAACUUGGAUCCCUCUAAUAUCUCAUCUAUUGUUGGCGGGGGUGGUCACACUCUGGUACUUGAUCGAGCUGGAAAAACAUAUUCAUGUGGAUGGAAUAACAAAGGUCAAGUAGGAGUAGCAGAACAUGAGGUGACGACUUUCCGGCCAGUUGAAUCACUUCCAAAUAAAAUAAUCCAAUUAGCUUGUGGCUGGGACUCAAGUCUGGCAGUGGCAGCUGAUGGUUCAUUACUAGUAUGGGGCUCAAAUAGUUACAGUCAACUAGCACUACCUAAACAAAAGUUCAGCUGUUUAAAUUCUCCCAAACAUGUACCGUCUGCAAAAGUCAAACGGGCUUCUCUCGGUCUACGACAUUUGGCUUUAGUUGCGGAAGAUGGCAAAGUUUUUGUUUGUGGGAGUGGAAGUAAAGGCCAACUUGGUCUUGUAGAUUCCAACGGUCAUCCAUUCCCAGAGAUAUGCACAUUGACUGAAGUGUCACAGUUAAGCAACAUUAUAGAUAUUUCAUGUGGUCAGCAUCACUGUAUUGCUUUAUCAGAUGUUGGCAAAAUCUUUGUGUGGGGGGACAACAGAUUUGGACAGUUAGGAUUGGAUUCCACUGUUCAACCAGUGGUCUAUGAGCCUCAAGAACUUUCCCUGUCAGCAUUAACAGGUGUGAAAGGAGAUCCGUCUUCUGUUUAUGCAGGCUGGACGCAUUCAGUACUUCUCACAGACAAAGGGGAAGUGGUAAAUUGGGGGCGAAAUACAUAUGGACAACUAAGCAAUAAUGGAAGGAGGAGAGCCGUAUCCUGGAAUCCAACACUUCUAAGUAUUGAUGAAAGGAUUAAGCAAAUUGCAGUUGGCUCUGAACAUAAUAUUAUACUGACAGAGACGGGCAGUAUUAUGAGUUGGGGAUGGAAUGAACAUGGUAACUGUGGAGUGGGUACACAAGAAAAUGUUCUUGAGCCCACUUUGAUUCAAGCUGGACUGCAAAACAAGGCUAAUCUCAUUGGUACAGGUGCAUGUCACAGUUUUGCUAUUUUAGAUAUAGGCUCUGACACACUAGAAUUGUAAUCAAAUACCUUGGGAAUUGCCUUCUUUUAAAGUUGUUGUUGCUCAAGAAAUGAAAUGAAAUAAAGAGAGAGAUUUACAUUACAA